AUGCCCACCGCAACAGAGUAUCUGGGCUACAGCCUCAUAAACCUGGGACCACUGACCACCACAUUCACCGCCGCUCCGUCGUGUGCCACGAGCCUAGACUAUAAAUGGAUCGCCUCGCAACGAAAGGGUGACUCGGAGGCCCAGAUCUACGGAUAUCCGACCUGCGGCGCGCCCAAGUUCGAGGGGUGCAUCCCCAACGGCAAAGGGUGGGAUUCGAGUCUCGCCAAGCUCUCGGCCACGCCGCACAAUGGCAAUGUUCUGUACCGCUCCCCGGGGAUUCACUGCCCGUCGGGCUGGACGACGGCGGGAAGCAUUGUCGGAGGAGGCGCAUCCGGGAGGAGUGCCUCAGGAGUCUUCACCAAGUUCCAGUCCGACGAUGAUCCCGACGAAGGGGUUCGACACGUGUCAGUGAUCGAGGCGUUCGUGAAGCCUCUUGGAGAGUCGGAGACGCUGGCGUGGUGCUGCCCGAGCGGCAUGACGGCGGAUUCUGCAGCAUUCUGCUCGUCGUCCGUCGGGCCUCUCUCGCGCAGCUAUUCCGAGGUCUGCUUGGUCCUCAUCCCGAUGGACGAUGUCGCCACAGUGACGAGCUUCCAAGGAUCGUCCCUGACACAGCCCGUCGUCCUCAUCACCGGGACGGACACGAGCUACCGGACAACGACGCGCAAGAUCGACCCAUCUGACACCUCAGGGCUGACGGUCGUGACGGCCGCGCCUGUGGUGGCGCUGGUGUAUCAGAAAUCGGACAUGGGGCAGCAGGGGACGCAUGGCGGGUCAACGGCUGCAUCGGGACAGUCUGGCAGCGCUACUGGAAAGCCAGAUGAGAAGGAUUCUUCGUCGAGCUUCAGGCCGAGUCUCGUUGGAGUCGUGGUGGGCGCACUCAUUACCGCUUUCUUGGGCGCUGGUCAGUUCACCUGA